UCCUCCCACUUCGACCCGGCCGGCCCUAUCAAAAGCCCCCUUCCACACCGCACUCCCCUCACCUUCCUCCACCUUCCCCUCCUCUGCCCCCACCGCCCGCUUCCUUCUGCCUUGCUCCGUUGCUUCCUCCCACCACAGUCCACUCCACUCGCCGGCCCUGCAGCUCAGUAUUUGACUGAGAUUGGUGGUGGAGCUGCUAGCAGCUCGACUCGCUUGCUACUUCUUGGUCCUGACGACGGUGCGUUCAGACCAGUGACGACGACGUUGUGAGGAGAGGGCAAGGAAGCAAACCUGCCAGGGAGGUGGCGAUGGAGAGGUACGAGGUGAUCAAGGACAUAGGAUCGGGUAACUUCGGGGUGGCCAAGCUGGUCCGGGACGUCAGGACCAAGGAGCUCUUCGCCGUCAAGUUCAUCGAGCGGGGGAUGAAGAUUGAUGAGAAUGUCCAAAGAGAGAUCAUGAACCACAGGUCGCUGAGGCAUCCAAACAUAGUUAAAUUUAAGGAGGUUGUGCUAACUCCCACACAUUUGGCCAUAGUUAUGGAAUAUGCUGCUGGCGGUGAGCUAUUUGAAAGGAUCUGCAAAGCUGGAAGAUUUAGUGAGGAUGAGGCAAGAUUCUUCUUCCAACAACUGAUUUCAGGAGUUAGCUAUUGUCAUUCAAUGCAAAUAUGUCAUAGAGAUUUGAAACUAGAAAACACUCUCCUGGAUGGUAGUAUAGCACCUCGGCUAAAGAUAUGUGAUUUUGGUUACUCCAAGUCCUCUGUGUUGCACUCUCAACCAAAAUCAACUGUCGGGACACCAGCUUACAUUGCUCCAGAGGUCCUUGCUAGAAAGGAAUAUGAUGGAAAGGUCGCCGAUGUUUGGUCAUGUGGAGUUACUCUGUAUGUGAUGCUUGUUGGUGCUUAUCCAUUUGAGGACCCCGACGAACCGAAGAAUUUCCGCAAGACGCUUACUCGGAUUCUCAGUGUCCAAUAUGCGGUUCCUGAUUUUGUCCGAGUUUCAAUGGAGUGCAGACAUCUGCUGUCUCGGAUCUUUGUGGCGAUCCCUGAGCAACGGAUAACCAUCCCAGAGAUCAAGAACCACCCGUGGUUCUUGAAGAACCUGCCCAUCGAGAUGACCGACGAGUACCAGAUGAACCUACAGCUGGUUGACAUGAAUGGCCCCUCGCAAAGUCUGGAGGAGAUCAUGACCAUCAUACAAGAGGCCCGGAAGCCCGGUGACGGGCUGAAGCAUUCGGGACAGCUCCCUGGCCUGGGGAGCAUGGAGCUGGAUGACAUUGAUGUCGACGACAUAGAUGUUGAGGACAGCGGUGACUUUGUAUGUGCCUUGUGACGUGGUUCAAGCUGUCUCGGCGCUGUUGCUGUCACGGGACUCUCCCCCACCCUUCUGGUCUUGUGUUCUACUGUUAUUCCAUCUUGUUUCAGCGAGCUCCGAGCUCCCAUUUUGUUGUUGUAAUAUCACAUGUUUUGCGUAAUCAAGGUAGUCACGCUGUGGAUAAAUAAUAGACGUUAUUAUGUCAUGUAUUCUUGCUGAAUUCUUGUUCAGGUCCUGUGUUUGCCCUGUAUGAACUGGGCAGUUUCAUGAGUGCCUCAGCCUGAUCUUUUGAUCUGCUGCAUGUAGCCAAUGUGUUUUUUAUUUUUAUUAUUUUACUAGAAGCCA